AUGGAGACCAAAAAGUACCAAGAAUUCACGGGUCAACCAAGACUGCCGGAAUUCGCAGUCCCCAGACGUUACGAUCUUUAUCUGAAACCCGACCUCGAUGCAUGCAAGUUCUCCGGCGCCGUCCAAAUCACCGUCGACGUCGUUUCCGCCACCAAGUACCUCGUCCUCAAUGCCGCUGAACUCUCCGUUGACUCCAAGUCCGUUCACUUUAAAACCCCGACAAAGGUUAUGGAGGCGGCGGCGGUGGAAAUGUGUGAAGAGGACGAGAUAGCGGUGAUAGAGUUCGUGGAGAGUUUACCUGUUGGGGAAGGAGUUUUGAGUAUGUCCUUUGAAGGAACUUUAAACGAUCAGAUGAAUGGCUUUUACAGAAGUGUUGACGAACAUAAUGGGGUGAAGAAAAACAUGGCUGUAACACAGUUUGAACCAGCAAAUGCAAGGCGGUGCUUUCCAUGCUGGGAUGAACCAGCUUGUAAGGCUACAUUCAAGAUAACAUUGGAAGUGCCAUCAGAACUCGUUGCUCUAUCAAAUAUGCCUGUUGUUGAAGAGAAAGUGGAUGGAAAUCUUAAGAGAGUUAGUUAUCAGGAAUCGCCAAUCAUGUCGACUUAUUUAGUGGCAGUUGUUGUUGGUUUGUUUGAUUAUGUUGAAGAUCAGACUCCUGACGGGAUUGCUGUCCGUGUUUACUGUAAGGUUGGUAAGGCAGAUCAAGGCAAAUUUGCUCUAGAUGUUGCAGUCAAAACACUAGGAAUAUAUAAAGAGUACUUUGCUGUGCCAUAUUCUCUGCCCAAAUUAGAUAUGGUUGCGAUCCCAGAUUUUGCUGGUGGAGCCAUGGAGAACUAUGGCUUAGUCACAUAUAGAGAGACUGUUUUGCUGUAUGAUGAGGAGCACUCUGCAGCUGCUGAGAAGCAGACGAUUGCAACUGUUCUAGCCCAUGAACUUGCACAUCAGUGGUUUGGCAAUCUAGUAACAAUGGAAUGGUGGACAGAUCUAUGGUUGAACGAGGGAUUCGCUUCAUGGAUUAGCUAUUUAGCAGUUGAUAGCCUGUUUCCUGAUUGGCAAAUUUGGACUCAAUUCCUUGAUGAAAGUUCUGAAGGUCUUUGCUUGGAUGGGCUUUUGGAAUCACAUCCUAUUGAGGUUGACAUUAAUCAUGCUGCUGAGAUCAAUGAGAUCUUUGAUGCUAUAAGUUCCAGGAAGGGUGCUUCUGUAAUUCGGAUGUUGCAGAGCUAUUUGGGUGCUGAAUGUUUUCAGGAGGAGUCUGGUGAACCUGUGAGCAAGCUAAUGAAUUCCUGGACGAAGCAAAAAGGUUAUCCAGUUAUUUUUGUCAAAUUGCAAGACCAGAAAUUGGAAUUUGAGCAGUCCCAAUUUUCACUGGGUUGUCCCCCAGGAGAUGGGCAAUGGAUUGUUCCAGUCACGUUGUGUUGUGGAGCAUAUGAGACUCGCAGAAACUUUCUACUACAAGCAAAAUCUGAAAUGCACGAUAUCAAGGAUUUGUUGGGUGCCUCAAUAUUUAAAAGCAAUUCUUGGGUUAAAGUCAAUGUGGACCAAACAGGUUUCUACAGAGUUAAAUAUGAUGAGGACCUCUUAAUGAGACUUAGAUAUGCGAUAGAGAAAAAUUACUUGUCAACGAUGGAUAGAUAUGGUAUUCUGGAUGACUCAUAUGCCUUAUCUGAGGCCUGUCACCAGUCAUUGGCUUCUCUACUUGCAUUGAUGGGGGCUUACAAGCAGGAAAAUGACUACGCUGUUUUAUCCAACUUAAUUAGCAUAAGCCGCAAGGUUGUGAGAAUCACAGCUGAUGCUGCCCCUGAAUUACUGGACGAUAUCAAGCUAUUUUUCAUCAACCUUUUUCAAUAUUCUGCAGAGAGACUUGGUUGGGAUCCUAAGCCAGGGGAGAGCCAUCUAGAUGCUAUGCUGAGAGGUGAACUCUUGAAUGCACUUUCCUUUUUUGAACAUGAAGAGACUCAAAAAGAGGCAAUCAGACGCUUCCAUAUAUUCCUGGAUGACAGAAAUACACCUGUCCUUCCACCGGAUUUGAGAAGGGUUGCAUAUGUGACUGUAAUGAUGAAGGUCACCAAAUCAAAUCGGGUAGGCUAUGAUUCUCUUCUGAGAAUCUACAGAGAAUCUGACAUCAGCCUGGAAAAGAUCUGGAUACUAGAUUCACUGGGAUCGUGCAAGGAUCCAGAAAUUAUUGAUGAAAUGCUAAAUUUCCUGUUGUCUUCUGAGGUCCGAAGUCAAGAUGUUAUCUGUGGGGUUGGUAGAGUUAGUAGAGAGGGACGUGAGACAACUUGGAAAUGGUUGAAAGAGAACUGGGAUCAGAUUGUGGAAACUUACGGUGCUGGAUUUUUAGUGAUGGGUUUCAUUGUUUCAGUUGUUUCACCGUUUUCCACCCAUGAAAAAGCCACAGAAGUGGAGGAGUUCUUUGCAAGCCGAAUGAAGCCUUUCAUAGUCCGGAGCUUAAAACAGAGCAUUGAGAGAGUCCACAUCAAUGCGAGGUGGGUUCAGAGCAUUCGGAACGAGAAAGAACUUGCUCAUGUCGUGAAGGAGCUUGCUUAUAGAAAAGACUAG